AUGAUUCCCAACGUCGCAUUAAUCUGGAUUAGUCAACCAAGCAGAAAGACUGGAUCUCCUUGGGAGGUCUGGAUGCUGGCGUUGACUUUUAGGAAAUUCUCUUCAAAUUGCAUGCAGGAGUUCGAAUCUGGCUUUGACAUUGCAUUGGUUGCCUUAGAAAUGAGAAAGGGAUUAGGAAGGUCCGAAAAGGGUACCAUGAAGAAUCUUGGGACAGAUGUUGACCCUCAGCCCGCCUACAACAUCAUGAAACUGGUUCGCGAAGCUAUUCUUUGA